AUGGCACCUCAGCAUAUGAACAAGAAGUGGAGCAAGGAAGACGGCCAACGUCUUAUCAAAUUGCGAGACGAAGACGGCUUGAAAUGGGACCAGAUCGCAUCAGAGCUCAAUCGAGGACCCCAGCCAGUCCGCGAGCACUACAAAAAGCUCAAAGAGGAAGCACUAGUACCUCCGGACUUCCAAUGGACAGACGAACUAGACCAAAAGGUUAUCGAUGGACGUCGACAAGGCUACUUGGUCGCUCAAAUUGCGGCUGACAUAGGACUACCAAAUGGAAUCAUCAUCAGACGCACCAGACACCUACGAGACAAGGGUCUCAUACAAAAUGUACCCCGAGGUCGACCAAAGAUCACUUUCACCGAUGAGGAAGACGAGAUGAUUCUUCGGCUGUGGAUUGCUAUGACAUCCGAUUCGGAUAUCUCCGUGCUGUUAAACCUGCCUGGGAAGACUGAGAAGUCGGUGAGAGACCGGCGUAUUUUCCACACUCAAGGUGCUGGAGUGAGACCGAUGGCUUCGGAAAUGUACCUCAAGCUGCUGGCGGGGUACGGGGACAAGAAGAGGACGUGGACGGCGAACGAUGUUCUGGCUGGGAAUUUUACUUUUGGGGAGUGGAAAGAUUGGGGGAUUACUCCACUCAAAGAGGACUGCUGGAAGGGCGGAUUGUAG